AUGGACGCCGCCGGUCUGUUGAAGCGCCAAGGCUGGCGAGGCUACGGCCAUGCGCUCUCGCACACCGGAAACGGUCUCAAAAGACCCUUGCUGGUCAGCAAGAAGGUCGACGUCCUCGGCCUGGGAGUCAACAAGCACACUGCCGUCUCCGACCAGUGGUGGAUGCGGGCUUUCGACCAGGGGCUGAAAGAUCUUGGGACGGGAAAGAAGGGUGUACUCGGUAAUAUCAGGGAAAAGGGCAUGGUACAUGGAGGCUUGUACGGGAGAUUCGUCAAGGGAGAGGGUGUGCCCGGGACUUUUGGGGCGCAGGAUGAGGAGAAGAAGGAAGUGGGGAACAAGAGGAAGAGAAAUGAUUUCGAGGAUACACGGGAGUUGAAGAAGGCGAGGAAGCUUGAGAAGAAGGCGAAGAGGCUUGAGAAGAAGGCGAAAAACAGCGGUACUUUCGUAAAAUCGCCUUUCGAAGAGGACAUUGAUCGCCAAGCAAAAGAAUUCGUUCUGGAAGCCGUGAAGCGAGGCCUGCUACCCACCGAAAGGGACUCGAAGCCAUGGAGUAGAUCUUCAGCCUCAGUAUCGAGUACCUACGGCGAGGCGACGGUGUUGAAGCUCUUCGCGGAUGCUGGCCUGGGUACAGAGAAAGCCCCAGCGCAGGUCAAGCUGGACAAAUACGGUCGAGCGAAGCUAAAAAGGAAACUCAAGAGAGCGGCAAAGGAAUAUCUUCGGAGCAGACUGCCGUCCGAAGAGCGCGAGCUAAAAGAAGAGGAUGAAGCUGGACGUGGCAAAGACAGGAAGCUGCAACGCCGGAUCCAGGAAGCGCAUGAAGCCGGAAAGACUACUAGCAUGAUUGCUUCGGAUGAAUCGAAGGCGCUGGAAAUGGAACUCAAGCAGAACCAAAGCAUGACUCGAGAUGCGCAGGCCGAUGGUGACUUGGCUGGGGACAGUGCUCAUGAUUCUGCGAACGGAGCAGACGAGACCCGGCUUGAGACGCGAAAUAAGAAGAGCAAAAAUGUUCCAGGCCUGGGUAAAGUCGAUCGAUAUCCGACCACAGCUGAGAAGAGGGUAAAGAGGUCGCAAGCUCUCGCAGGGGACACAGCACCCGCACUCGACGUGCCACAGAUGAAGGGAGUGGGAUCCAUCGUUGAUACGGCUGGGAACGAAGAUGUUGCAGAGCACGCUACAGUCAGGGAUCCACUGUCUGUCAUCGACGCAAACGGCAAUGUCAGAUACCGAUGCAGCGAAGGGGAGGCUGUGCCCCUUGAUCCUUCAAUAUGGGAAGGCAUCGUGGUCAAGUCGCUCCCUAGGCCAGUGCGCAAAGCUCGAAGAGAGUGGAUGGUACAGAAGCGGGAAGCGCGAAAGCGCGACACGGCUUCGAAGAAGAGCAGAGGCGAGCGGAAAGCUGAAGCUCGCCAGGUACUCGCCACAAAAAUCCUCGCGGAAUCACGCAAGGCCAAAUCGGACGGCAGAAAGGAUACUGCAGCGAUUGUUGACGGAGUUGCGGACGUGCCGCUAGUCAGAAUGGAGACAACGGAAGGUCCCUUCUCGAAACGGGAGGGGGCUCUUGGAAGAAGAGUUGCCAGGAAAGUCUUGGAGGCUGAGAAAUCCAAGGAGGAAACAGAGAGAAGAGCGGCGCGUGAAAGGAAGCGUAAGAACACCGAGAAGAAGACCAAGAAGUCGUGA